GGCUGCGACCGUCAGUUUUCGCUGAGGAGAAGCCCGACACGGACCCGUUGGCUCUCCCUUCUUCCCCCACCUUCUCCCCGCCCUGAACCUCUCUCUGUCUCUCUCUCUCGGCUCGCCGGGACUUGGUCCCUGUGGAGUUGCCCUCCAUCCACGCCGCCCGCCGUUUCGUCGGUCCUCGGCCCUGUGGAAGUCACUGCCCUCGAGGAGGAGGAGGAGGAGGAGAAGGAGGAGGAGGAGGAGGCAGCGGCUGCCGCCCUCGCCUCGCCACCCCCGGUUUGGUGCCCGCGGUCCCGGAGAGGAGGUGCCGCCGCCACCGCCGCUCCCCCCCUCCCGCCGCCCUCGGGCCGGGCUGGGUCGAGCUGCGAUGCCCUCGGACUUCAUCUCUUUGCUCAGCGCGGACCUAGACCUGGAGUCGCCCAAGUCCCUGUACUCGCGAGAUUCUCUGAAGUUAUACCCAUCACAGAAUUUUCAUAGAGCUGGACUAUUGGAAGAAUCUGUCUAUGAUCUUCUCCCAAAGGAGUUACAGUUACCUCCAUCUAGAGAAACAUCUGUAGCAUCCAUGAGUCAGACAAGCGGUGGUGAGGCAGGCUCGCCUCCUCCAGCUGUAGUUGCUGCUGAUGCUUCUUCAGCUCCCUCCUCUUCCUCCAUGGGCGGUGCUUGCAGCUCCUUUACCACCUCUUCCAGCCCUACCAUUUAUUCUACCUCAGUCACCGACAGCAAGGCUAUGCAAGUGGAGAGCUGCUCCUCAGCCGUGGGGGUAAGUAACAGAGGGGUAAGUGAAAAGCAGUUAACCAGUAACACAGUUCAGCAGCAUCCAUCAACCCCGAAGAGGCACACAGUUUUGUACAUCUCACCACCACCCGAGGACUUGCUGGAUAACAGUCGGAUGUCCUGCCAGGAUGAGGGGUGUGGAUUGGAAUCUGAGCAGAGCUGCAGUAUGUGGAUGGAGGAUUCCCCCUCCAACUUCAGUAACAUGAGCACCAGUUCCUACAAUGAUAACACAGAGGUACCUCGUAAAUCACGAAAACGAAAUCCAAAGCAGAGGCCUGGGGUCAAACGACGAGAUUGUGAAGAAUCUAAUAUGGAUAUAUUUGAUGCCGACAGUGCCAAAGCACCUCACUAUGUGCUUUCUCAGCUUACCACGGACAACAAAGGCAACUCAAAAGCUGGAAAUGGAACCUUGGACAACCAAAAAGGAACUGGAGUAAAGAAGAGCCCUAUGUUGUGUGGACAGUAUCCUGUUAAAAGUGAAGGAAAAGAGCUGAAGAUAGUUGUACAGCCUGAGACCCAACACCGAGCUCGAUACCUGACUGAGGGCAGCCGUGGCUCAGUAAAAGAUAGAACACAGCAAGGCUUUCCUACAGUAAAGCUGGAAGGCCAUAAUGAACCAGUAGUGUUGCAGGUGUUUGUAGGCAAUGAUUCUGGCCGAGUGAAACCACAUGGAUUUUAUCAAGCCUGUAGGGUAACUGGACGAAAUACAACUCCCUGCAAAGAAGUAGAUAUCGAGGGUACCACUGUGAUAGAAGUUGGCCUUGACCCUAGCAACAACAUGACACUGGCGGUGGACUGCGUAGGGAUAUUGAAGUUGAGGAAUGCUGAUGUUGAAGCCAGAAUAGGAAUCGCUGGUUCCAAGAAAAAAAGUACUCGUGCGAGAUUGGUUUUUCGAGUUAACAUCACAAGAAAAGAUGGCUCCACUUUGACAUUGCAAACACCAUCUUCUCCAAUUUUGUGUACUCAGCCAGCUGGAGUGCCAGAGAUCUUAAAGAAAAGCUUGCAUAGCUGCUCAGUGAAAGGAGAGGAAGAAGUGUUUUUAAUUGGCAAGAACUUUCUAAAAGGAACCAAAGUUAUUUUCCAAGAAAAUGUUUCUGAUGAAAACUCUUGGAAAUCAGAAGCUGAAAUCGACAUGGAAUUAUUUCAUCAGAACCAUCUAAUUGUGAAAGUUCCCCCAUAUCAUGACCAACAUAUAACUUUGCCUGUAUCUGUGGGAAUAUAUGUGGUGACGAAUGCUGGAAGAUCUCAUGAUGUUCAACCAUUCACUUACACUCCAGACCCAGCAGCAGCUGGUGCUUUGAAUAUAAAAGUGAAGAAGGAAAUAUCUAGUCCAGCAAGACCUUGCUCUUUUGAAGAGGCCAUGAAAGCAAUGAAAUCUACUGGAUGUAACUUAGAUAAGGUAAAUAUCCUUCCUAAUGCUCUGAUCACUCCACUCAUAUCAAGCAGUAUGAUUAAAACUGAAGAUGUUACUCCAAUGGAAGUAACUGCAGAAAAAAGAUCUUCCCCUAUUUUUAAGACCACGAAGACAGUUGGAUCAACUCAGCAAAAUUUAGAGAAUAUUUCUAACAUAGCAGGAAGUGGAUCUUUUCCAUCACCAUCGUCUUCCCACUUACCUUCAGAGAAUGAAAAGCAACAGCAGCUUCAACCCAAGGCAUACAACCCAGAGACCCUGACAACUAUCCAAACACAGGAUAUCUCACAGCCUGGAACCUUUCCAGCCUCUGCCUCUAAUCAGCUACCCAGCAGUGAUACCUUACUACAGCAGGCUACACAGUUUCAGACAAGAGAAACUCAGUCUAGAGAAGUAUUGCAGUCAGAUGGCACAGUGGUUAACUUGUCACAGCUGACUGAGGCGUCACAACAGCAGCAGUCCCCACUGCAAGACCAGGCGCAGACUUUACAGCAGCAGAUAUCAUCAAAUAUUUUCCCAUCACCAAAUAGUGUGAGUCAGCUCCAGAACACUAUUCAGCAGUUGCAAGCAGGAAGUUUUACAGGCAGUACUGCUGGUGGCAGCAGUGGAAGUGUUGAUUUGGUCCAGCAAGUUUUAGAGGCCCAGCAACAGUUAUCUUCAGUUUUAUUUUCUGCUCCAGAUGGUAAUGAGAAUGUUCAAGAACAACUGAGUGCAGACAUUUUUCAACAAGUCAGUCAAAUUCAAAAUAGUGUAAGCCCAGGAAUGUUUUCUUCAACAGAGCCAACAGUUCACACCAGACCAGAUAAUUUAAUGCCUGUAAGAGCUGAAAGUGUUCAUCCACAGGCUGAAAAUGCAUUGUCUAACCCACAACAGCAGCAGCAGCAACAGGUAAUGGAAUCAUCAGCUGCAAUGGUGAUGGAGAUGCAACAGAGCAUUUGCCAGGCUGCUGCACAAAUUCAGUCAGAGUUAUUCCCUUCAACUGCUUCAGCAAAUGGAAACCUUCAACAAUCUCCAGUUUACCAACAGCCUUCUCACAUGAUGAGUGCACUGUCUACUAAUGAGGAUAUACAAAUGCAGUGUGAAUUGUUUUCUUCUCCUCCUGCAGUUUCUGGAAAUGAAACUUCUACAACCACCACACAGCAGGUUGCUACCCCUGGCACUACCAUAUUUCAGACAUCGAGUUCAGGAGAUGGAGAAGAAACUGGAUCACAAGCAAAACAGAUUCAGAAUAGUGUCUUUCAGACAAUGGUCCAGAUGCAACAUAGUGGAGACAGUCAGUCUCAAGUUAACCUUUUUUCAUCCACAAAAAGCAUGAUGAGUGUUCAAAAUAGUGGUACCCAACAGCAAGGUAAUGGUUUAUUCCAGCAAGGGAGUGAGAUAAUAUCACUUCAAUCUGGGAAUUUUUUGCAGCAGUCUUCUCAUUCACAAGCUCAACUUUUCCAUCCUCAAAAUCCUAUUGCGGAUACCCAGAAUCUUUCCCAGGAAACGCAAGGCUCUAUUUUUCACAGUCCAAAUCCUAUUGUCCAUGGUCAGACUUCUACAGCAUCCUCUGAACAAAUGCAGCCUCCAAUGUUUCACUCUCAGAAUACCAUCACUGUGUUACAGGGCUCUUCAGUUCCACAGGACCAGCAGUCACCCAACAUAUUUCUUUCCCAAAGUCCUAUGAAUAAUCUUCAGAGUAACACAGUAGCCCAAGAAGAACAGAUUUCAUUUUUUGCAGCACAGAACUCAAUUUCUCCACUUCAGUCAACAUCAAACUCUGAACAGCAAGCUGCUUUCCAACAGCAGGCUCCAAUCUCACACAUCCAGACCCCUAUGCUUUCCCAAGAACAGACACAACCCUCUCAGCAAGGUUUAUUUCAGCCCCAGGUGUCUCUGGGCUCCCUUCCGCCUAAUCCAAUGCCUCAAAAUCAACAAGGAACAAUAUUCCAGUCACAGCACUCCAUAGUUGCUAUGCAGAGUAACUCUCCAUCCCAGGAGCAGCAGCAGCAGCAACAGCAGCAACAACAGCAACAGCAACAGCAGAGCAUUUUAUUCAGUAAUCAGAAUACCAUGGCCUCAAUGACAUCUCAGAAGCAGCCACCACCAAACAUGAUAUUCAGCCCGAACCAGAAUCCAAUGGCCAGUCAGGAGCAACAGAACCAGUCCAUGUUUCACCAACAGAGUAAUAUGGCUCCAAUGACUCAAGAUCAGCAACCCAUGCAGUUUCAGAAUCAGCCUACAGUUUCAUCACUUCAGAACCCAGGUCCUACUCAGUCUGAGUCAUCACAGACUUCCUUGUUCCAUAGCUCUCCUCAGAUUCAGCUGGUUCAAGGGUCACCUAGUUCUCAAGAUCAGCAAGUGACACUCUUCCUCUCUCCAGCAUCCAUGUCUGCAUUGCAGACCAGUAUAAACCAACCAGACAUGCAACAGUCUCCUCUUUAUUCUCCUCAGAGCAACAUGCCUGGGAUCCAAGGAGCCACCUCUUCACCCCAGUCCCAGGCUACUUUAUUUCACAGCACUGCAGGAGGCACAAUGAACCAGCUACAGAAUUCCCCCGGCUCAUCUCAGCAGACUUCAGGAAUGUUCUUAUUUGGCAUUCAGAAUAACUGUAGCCAGCUUUUAACCUCUGGGCCAGCUACAUUGCCAGAUCAGUUAAUGGCCAUAAGUCAGCCAGGCCAACCACAAAACGAGGGACAGUCACCUGUGACAACACUUCUUUCUCAGCAAAUGCCAGAGAAUUCUCCACUGUCAUCCUCUAUAAACACCAGCCAGAAUAUCGAAAAGAUUGAUUUGCUCGUUUCAUUGCAAAACCAAGGAAACAACUUGACUGGCUCCUUUUAACUGGAUAUGUCCUGAUGAAAAUCAUGAUUCCAAGAUGUCCUGAGAUCUUAAUGGUUCCAUGAAGAUUACUAAAGCAAAAUAUUAAAAACUGUAUUUGAGUAAAUGGAUAGAUUUUACUCUGGUUGCAAAAGAGCACACUGUGCUGCCUAUUGCAGUGACUAGCCACCAAUGUUAACAUAUUUACAGCUUAUAUUUCUAAUAACAAUUAUGACUGAGAGUCUAUUGAGUUUCCAGCUGAUGGAAAUAAUUGUUGCUAUUUUCUUAGACACAGUUUCUUUAAAAGUACAGGUCAAAUUAAAGGCUAGAUCACUCAGUUAUUAUUGCUAUUAGAAAAUACUAUCUGACAUGUUUACUCUUGAUGUUCAUUAUUCUUUCUCCUGCAUUAUUUUUUGUCAAGUAGUGGCUUGUGAAAAAAGUAAGGCUCCAUUAUUACUAAGGCUGUGAUUUUUUUUUCAAUAUAAAGAACACAGCUGUUGGCCAAAGUGAAGGAAUCUUUUUUUUUCUUUUCAGUUUUUAUAAAGAAACUGAAGUGGUAACAUUCUGACAAAUAAGCUGUAGUAAGAGGACUCUUAAUUAAACACAAAGGCAGAUGACAUACAAAACUGGGGACAGCUGGAAUGUUACUGAUUUUUACUUUUCAGAGGAUUAUUCUCUGUGUUUCUACUAAGGGGUAUAGCCAUAAAUGUAUAGAAAAAUCAUUAUUUUGCUCUAUGAAAAAUGAAGGGGGUAAUAUAUGGUAAAUUAUGUUCUGAUAUCCUCCGACAGUAGUUUAAACUGACAGUAAUUUGCGUUUAUUUUCUUUUUACCCAGUCUUAGGCUAGUCCCUUUUCUAUUCAUCUGUAUUAUUUUCUACCUACUUUUCACUUCAUUGUAGACAACGAUUAAUAUACUACUGGCUUUAUGACUCUAUAGCAGCUUAAAGAAAAAGGCCACUUGAAUCCAAGGUGACCUAGAAAUCCUGCAGCACAGGGCAAGGAGUGUUCUUCUAGGAAAUAUUGAGAGUUGAUUUUUGAGAAAAAAAAAUGUAUUUUUUCCAUGAACGGUGCUGUUCUGAAGUCAUCAAAAUUCUCCCUCUUAUAGAACACAGUAUAAAUUUUCAUUACCAAAAAAACAUAAAAGAUUUCCAAAAUGUCACUUCUCCCUGAACUGCAGUGAGUGUAAUUCACUCGUCACCUCAGUGCUUUACAGUUUGAAGUGGUCACUAACCUGAUGGUUCCCACAGCCUUAGGCUUUACAGGGUCAUAUCAUUGACUUAAAAUGAAAAAUUGACUUGUGUUACAUCAUUAAAGAGCAAAAUAACACACUCCAGAACUUGCAGUUGUAGCAUUAGUUAUACAGUUUUGGGAUGCCUGCUUCUAACUACCACCUGUGUCUGGACACGUGCUUAUCUCAUUUUCCUUUUGGCAUGUGGAAAGCUGUCCAUGCAGUGUCAAGCCAACUGUGUGUGGGUUCUAUUUGUUGAUAUAAUACUUUGGUAUCCUGUCCAUUUAUUUUUAAGUGUACAAAAAAUAGCCUGUUAAUGGUUGUUGAAGGCUACUUUUCUGUUCUUUCUUUUCUUUCCUUUCCCCCUCUCCUAUUGUAUACAUUUGGUCGAAUUCUCUAUAGUUGUGGCAUUGGUUUUUUGGUGUUUUUUUUUUACAGCCAGAUUUUCCCCCUUUGUGAUGGUCUUCAUUGCUUUUUGAAUGUUGUUUUUCUGACUUGUGUUUUCUCUUCAUUCUCAUAUAUCUUUACCUUCACCCCUAACCUUUCUUUCUUUCUCUCUCUGAUUGAGAGGUAUUGAAUUAUGUUUUCAGUAGUACAGGCUUCUGGCCGAUAUGAAGGGAACUUUCAGAAAGAGACCUACUCUGGGUCAUUUAAUUUUGAAUACAGUUUUCAAUCGUUCAAGUUUUGGAUGGUUUAUAUCUAAUGUGUGUUUCAUUUUUUUGGAAAGCUAUAUUUUGUAUUUAGGAAAUGGUAUACUAUUUUGCUAUUUGUACUGAGUGAGUACAUGGCAUAAAUAUAGAAAUUUAUAUAUAUACAUAUAUAUAAACUAUUCUUUUUUUUGCCACACAUUUUUGUGGUAAAUUUGUGAGUUUGUCUGAUGUUCUACCACAACGUGGCGUCUGAUAACAGUGACAGGGGAGGGGGGGUUUGUUAUGUCUUUAUGAGUAUUUAAGUACCUUUUGAAACAAAUGACCUGUUCAUCUGUAGCCAUUCCAUCAGGCAGUUCCUUGAUGUUUUUAAGUGGGCUAAAGGCAGCUUACAGUGUGUUUGCUAGAUCUUUCACUCAGCAGAACGUGAAAGAGUAAGGAAAACCUAUUGAGGCAGUUUGUGUCAAAUGGUGUUUUAUAAGAAUGAGCCAUUCAGUCUUUGCUCACUAUAUAUUUAAUAUUUUAUUGUUAUUGUUAAUAUUAAUUGGCUUUCUGUAUUCUAUGCCUUUUAUUUAUAAAGACACUAAAAAUUUGUAAUUUUAAUAACAUUUCUCCCAUCUUGUAAUACCCAGAGCAAGCUACUUUAUAAAUUCUCUUAACCAAAAGUAUUUUCCUCAAGCUAUCUCUUCUCCCCUGGGAUUAGGAAAGAUAAUCCAAUAUAGUUCAGGUUUUAAGAAGGAUCACCCACACAAUCCAGUGCUUCAGUUUUAAAAUGUAAAAUUCUAACGCUAGAGAAUUACCUGUAAUGUCAGAGAAUACAAUCCCAGAAGGUAUUUUAAAAAAGAAAUAAAAAGUAAAAAAGUAGUAGUAAACUAUAUAUUUUUGAAUUUUUGUUUUUGAAAUCACAUAAAUGACUCAAGAAGCCUGUUUAUUCACCGGGAUCUGAUUAGAAUGCUGGUUGAUACUAUGGAUGAAAUGGUGGCAAGAAGACUGGCUUGUGUGGUGAUUUCUGUCUGUUCUGUGGUUUAAGCAAGAGGCUUAUCUACUUAUACAAUGAUGACUGACAAUGCUAAGUCACCGGGACCAAUUUUCUGUUUUAUAAUACCUUAGUUUAGAACAGAACAUGUACCUGAACUGUAAUGGCUUCAUGGGAUGGAGACAGACAACCCAAUUUUUAUUCUCAUAAAUUUUGUGGUUAUUUAUACAAGGGCUGUGCUACCUUAUUCUUAUUCAAUAAUGAUAGGGGCAUCUUGUUUGUUCUUUUUUUUUUUUUUACUUUGUUAAAUGUUUCUAACCCCUAAAGGUCAAGUACAACAUUCUAAAUAUAUAAUUUGGUUACAAGGAGUAUUUGUCUUCUUAUUGAAAAGUUAGCUCAGUGGUUGAUACUUGUGCUAAUAAUGUGGUUUCCCAAUUACUGUUACAAGUUACAGCUUCAUAGGGGAAAGACUCAGUGUGCCAGCAAAGGCUUUGGAAACAAAAAUUACUGGGUUUUGGCAGAAGAACCUAAAUAAACUGUGAACCACAUUUUUUUAUAUUAAUACAUUCGAUUUUUUUGCUUCAGUGACUCUCAUAAAUACUUGGAGCUUAUCUCUUUCUGUGAGUGUUGUGUGUGUGUGUGUGUGUGUGUGUGUGUGUGUGUGUGUAUGUGUUAUUCCUUAUUAUCAUUCCAUUAUGUAUCCACACCAAGGAGAGGAGACAAUUAGAAGUCAUAUUUUGCUUCUGAGUUUUGUCAUGUUACGUUUGUGGAGUAUCAUUUUGUUAUUUCACCAGUGCAAAACUUUUUUUGCUAUUAUCAUGUGCUAUGGUUGGGAAUUUUGUGUUAAUGUUUAUUUCUUGCCCAUUAGAACCUCAUCUAAUCUACAUUAGAAAAAUAGUUGCAAAAGAAAAUAAGGAAGUAGUUGUAUCUGUGUCCCUCCAGAAUAAAAAUAAUAGUUCUUUUUGGCAUUUUUUUCUAUUUUUAUUUUUGGCUUUCUGUUUUACUUAACCUUUGAUACAGAGCCUUAUUAUGUAGCCCCAGGUUAGUCUUGAAAUAUCUGAUCCUCUGGCCUCAGCCUCCAAAGUAGUUGGGACUUAGAGACAUACACCAUUGUUUCUGGCCUUUUUGACCCUAAAAGCCAUUAUAAAUUCUUACUUUGGAAAAGUAAAAUCUUAGAUGUACCAAUAAAUAAGGACCAAAACAAAUGGCCCAAUAAUUCCUCAUAUUCAGCAUAGUUAUAAAUAUUCAUUAUGGAGUAAUGUGAGACCUGGGAAUGUGACUUAGUGAUAGAGUGCUUUCCUAGCAUGCAUGAAGCCCUGGGUUCAAUUCCUCAGUACCACAUACACAGAAAAAGCCAGAAGUGACACUG